AUGCAUGCAAAAUCUCUCAGUGGAUGGCUCGCUGCCAUUUUUGUGGCGGGUGUCAAUGCAGCCUGCUCCAAGGAUCUGUUGAUCGAUGACUUUUCAAACUUUGUAUCCAGCACCAACAGCCUGAAGGAUGCUACAAGCGAUGAUGGCACCAUGGCCUCCAUCGGGGUCAAUAACGGUGUUCUCUCCUUUGUGCCCCAGUCUUCCGACUCUUACUAUUACGAGAGCUUUCCCUGUGUUCAGGCCAAGUCUCAGAACUACGGGGGGCUGACCUUCAACUUGAAAUAUCCCCCCGGCUCCUCUUUCACUCUUGAGAUUCAGACCAAGGCAAACUGCAAUGCGGCUGAUUACAAGAGCGAAUGGUUCCUCAUCGAGGGCCUUGGUGGCACACAGCAGUCCAUCACCCUCGAUUUGCGAGUCUUUGCCGAGUCAAACUUGGAUGCCAUCGUAGGCUUUGUCUGGGCGAGCUGGUCACCAGUCAACGAGACCUGGUCUCUGAGCAAUGUCCACUUCACUUGUGGAAGUUUGGAUGAACGGCAGGCUCCCUUGAUUAGGGCAGCGGCGUCCAGACCGGCCAGGCCAGCUCUAUCCCAGAUACCCUUGGAGAAGUCUAGUCUGGCCCCAACAACGACGCAGUCUUUCGCGGCGUCUUAUAUACAUAGGGGUUCAAUUUCAACACGACAGAGCGCAAGCUUCUUCUUUUCGUCGACUUCUAACUCGAAGUCUUUAAUGGCAACCUCUUCUUCUUUGCAGACCUCGCCGAGCUUUUCCACAGCAACUAGACCUGCUACCUCAGUCUGGCCAUCUGGAUCUCCCGAUCAGGGUGUGGCCGAAUCGAUACCAAUCGACCUUGUUCGUAGAGCAGCAGCCGUGAGCGAUAUAGCAGAAGCCACGACGCGACGCACUAUCAUCCGUCCGAGCCCUACUUCAAGGCCAAAACCAGCAGCCGGUCAAUGCCAAGAUCUGGUUGUUGAUGAUUGGGAGUCCCAGUCUCGACUGACAUUCCUGGGUUACAAUGCACUUAAACAAGCCUCGAGCGAUGACGGGUCUAUGGCGUCGCUCGUGGUUAACGCAGACAACACAGUGACCAUCACGCCCCAGGAUAGCAACUCGUACUUUUAUAGCCAGCUGGGGUGUGUGGAUGCCGUCGACACAUACGGUGGCCUCGCCUUCAAUAUCAAAGCUGCCCGCGGCACUACUUUCUCUGUUCAACUCUCUUCCGCCAGCGAGUGUGGAGGUAAUGAUAGCAAGAAAACGGUGCUGACAACAAAGAGCCUUGGCUGGACAUUUGACGGUACGAUGCAGUCGUACAGCGUUCCGAUCUCUCAGUUCAAUGUCGACAACACCAAACUGACCAUGAUCUACCUCUCCUCCUUCUCUCGAGCUGUUACUCUCGGGCCCAUGGGCUUCUACUGCGGCAACGAUGACAGUCCGAUACCGACACCCAACGAGAUUGUAAAUCCGCAACCUACGUUUACUGUGGCCGCACCCCCUGGAUCUGCAGACACACUCGUCAUUGAUGGAUUCGGAGACCAAGACGAGAAUGCUCUCGGUCAAUGGCACGGCUGUGAUGAAGACUGCGUGACGGCGAAGUGGGCACGGAACAGAGUUACUCUGCAGACCAAUGACUCUGAUCUCUCGUGGUACACUUCGCUGGCCGACAAAUGCGCGGACAUCAGCGCGUAUGCGGACUCUUAUCUUCACAUCGCCUAUACUGGGAGCAGCAAGUUCACCGUUGCGCUCCAGCAGCACAACCAGUACUGCAACGACAAGGUCCAACCCACCCCGGAGACUUGGGACUCCCUCGAGGCGGCGCGAUACGCGGACGGCAAAGAUAUCUACAUGCCGAUCUCGCACUUCAAGGUCGACUUAACACGCGUUACGAACUUUGCGUUCAAGGGAUUCUACACCACAGAGCCUGUCACUCUCACCAAAGUUGAACUAGUGCCCUCAGUGCCCAGAGGAUUCAAGGUGCCCAAUAAGCUACCUUCUGGCAACCUGGUGUUUGCGUGCAAGCGACCCAACUCUUUCGCCUUUGCCAUUGACGACGGCGACCCGGCUCUGGCACAGCAGGUCAUGGACAUUGUCAAGUCCGAGAAUAUCAAAGUCACCUUCUUCACCGUCGGGCUUCCCCUCGAGGAUCCCACAACAAACCUGUCGGCUGUGUACAGAGACAUGAUGUCCCGAGGCCACCAGAUCGCGCUGCACUCCUUCACACAUCCCAAGAUGGAGGGCCUGCCAAACUACGCCGCCAUCGACUGGGAAUACAACAACGACAUCGAGGCCGUCUCGCAGACAUUUGAUGGGCUCCACACGCCGUACUUCCGGCCGCCCUUCGGGACAGAGGGUGCGCGCAUGAGACAACGGCUGGCCACGGCCCUCGGCGUGGACAACCCUUACGUCGUCAUGUGGAGCGUCGAUGUGGAGGACUGGCUCUGGGCCGAGAGCAGCACCCCCGAGAAGCAGCUCGACGCGUUCAAGCGCGAUCUGAACAAGGGCGGGAGCUUGGUCGUCAUGCAUUAUCUGUACCCGAAUACGGUCAAGUAUCUGAGGCAGUUCAUCCAACUGGCCAAGGCGACGGGCAAGCAGUUGAUGAGGGUCGACCAGUGCAUGAUGGAUCCCAACGCGCCGCCAUUGUAG